AUGGGCAUAAUGGGUUUUGGUUGUAGAUGGAUGAGGUGGAUGAAAGCUUGUGUGAUCUCGAGUUCAAUGUCGGUUUUGGUUAACGAAAGUCCAACCAAAGACUUUAAGGUGGAAAGGGGUUUGCAAAAGAAUAUCCUUUGUCCCUUUCCUGUUUUCCUUUUGGCUGAAGGAUUAACAGGGAUAUUGCAGAAUGUGAUUCGGUUGGGCUCAUGGCAUAAUCUUUGGACUAUCAAAGCUGUGUCGAGGGGUUUUGAACUGGCGUCGAGUGUGUCGAUAUAUUUCAGCAAGAGCAAAGUUAUUGACCUCAAUCUCAAACAAGGUUUUCUGGAGGCAGCCUCAACUUUUCUAGCAUGUGAUAUUAGCAUUGUUCCUUUCCGGUUUUUUGGAAUUUUAGUAGGUGCAGAUCCAAGGAGACAUAACACAUGGAUGCCGUUUUUGGAUAAACUUAGGAACUGGAUUCAAUGGGAUUUCCUAUGUGGUGGUGAUUCAGAGAAAAGGAAAAUGGCGUGGAUUAGUUUGUGGCUGGUGUGUAAACCGAAGGAUCAAGUGAUUCUCUAUGGUGGAGACAUUUUGACUCUUGUCGGUGUUUUGGAAAACAAAGAUUGCAACUGGUUCUCAAAUAAAAUUUCUUGUAAAAUUGAUAAUGGUUAUUCUAUUGAAUGUUGGAGAAACAAAUGGCUUGGUUCUUCUUCUUUUAGAAGGUUGUUUCCACUCAUUUUUACGAGAGCAGCACAUGAGAAGCACAAAGUUUCAACCAUGGGAGAUUGGGCGGAUAAUGCGUGGAUUUUGGUUGUGAAGCUUCAGGAAGAUAGGCUGCUUCAGGUGGAUGAGGAAGCUCAACUGGAAUCUCUUUUGUCUAUCUUACAGGAUGUACAGUUAAACUGA